AUGGGCCAAGGGUUCUCACUGGCAACGCCGUCGGCCGGCUCUGCCGGUAUAGACAUUGCGCAGUUGCAAGAUGUGCAAUACGAGCGCAGCAUCGGCAACGCAAGGUUUAUGAAGAGCAUCCGCGGACGGCAUGAGCAUGGCGUCGUGUUGGUUAAGGUCUUGGUAAAGCCCUAUGCUGGAGUCAAUCUCGAUCAAUACAAGCAGAAGAUAAUUAAGGAGCGCAAGGCUUUGGCUCACGUCCCCAACGCCCUCGGGUUCCAACGUAUCAUUGAAACCGACACGAACGGGUAUUUGGUGCGACAGUUUCAAUAUAGCUCGCUUUAUGAUCGGUUAAGCACACGCCCAUUUCUGGAAGACAUUGAAAAGAAGUGGCUGGCAUUCCAGCUGCUUUGUGCGCUGCGAGACUGCCAUGCUCACGACGUCUAUCACGGCGAUAUCAAAGCACAGAACGUAUUAGUAACGUCUUGGAACUGGCUGUACCUGACGGACUUCUCGUCUGCGUACAAACCUGUGCUGUUACCCGACGACAAUCCGGGCGACUUCUCCUACUUUUUUGAUACCUCUGGCCGGCGAACAUGUUAUAUUGCUCCCGAGCGAUUCUACGCUACCGGUGACAGCCCUCCACCCAAGGCUAAGAUGACAUGGGCUAUGGAUAUCUUCAGUGCUGGCUGCGUAAUUGCUCAAAUGUUUCUUGAGUCGGAAAUAUUCAGCCUUGCCCAGCUGUACAAGUAUCGACGUGGUGAGUAUGAUCCCGUCAUCACUCAUUUGAGCGUCAUCUCGGACAAGGAUGUUCGGGACAUGAUUGCGCACAUGAUUCAGAUCGACCCAGAGAAGCGUUACUCUGCAGAGCAGUAUCUCGAAUUUUGGAAGGGAAAGGUGUUCCCCAGCUAUUUUUACAACUUUUUGCACCAGUAUAUGGAGCUCAUCACCGACCCGUCAUCUGGCAAUAAUCCCAUGUCUGGGAGCCAGAGGAACAUGGGCGAGUCCGACGACAGGAUUGAUCGCGUCUUCUACGAUUUCGACAAGAUUUCCUACUUUUUGGGGUAUCAAAUUGAGAAAAGGACACCCAAGGCUACUUUGUAUAGAUCUCGGUUGAGCCUGAGCCAUUUCCCAGUCCGAUUAAGCAUCCCGAAUCACGAGCAUACAGUAUCAGCCGACCUGGAGCCGCCAGAAGAUGAUGGGACAUUGAUAUUCUUGACACUUAUUGUAUCUUCAAUGAGAACCACGGCGCGAGCAUCUUCUCGAGUUCGAGCUUGCGACAUUCUUCUGGCAUUUUCUGAACGACUGACUGACGAAGCAAAACUUGAUAGAGUUCUGCCCUAUCUCAUGACCCUGCUUAAGAAGGAGGAAACAGAUUCCGUCAUUGUGGCGGCCAUUCGAACAAUCACCCAGCUGCUCCAGCUUGUACGUAUGCCGACACCCAUCAACUCCCAUGUACUAGUCGAGUAUGUACUUCCUCGUCUGGAGAUUGCAUUGGGAUCACGGUCGCGUGUCGCUAGCUCUCUGGUAAGAGCUACUUAUGCUUCCUGCAUAGGAAGUCUGGCCUCUACAGCCCAACGUUUCCUCGAAAUCGCGUCUAGCUUACGGGCGGACGGGUCCAUGCCCAUUACUGACCCCGAAGUUGAGCCAGGCGCAGAGGCAGAAGCUAAUUUCGAAAGCGUGUUUGACAAUGCUGGACGAGAGCUUUUUGAAAUUUUGGAGAGUCAUACCAAGCAGCUUGUAGAAGACCCCGAUGUCCAUGUUCGAAGAGCGUUUUUGGCAUCUGUGGCUGAGCUGUGCAUGUUCUUCCAAGAACACUCCAACGAUAUAUUACUCACCCACCUCAACACUUAUCUCAACGACCAUGACUGGACACUCAAAUGCUCAUUUUUCGACACUAUCGUCGGAAUUGCUGCUUUCAUUGGCAGCACAAGCCUGGAAGAAUUCAUGCUACCGCUUAUGGUGCAGGCUUUGGCUGACACUGAAGAGUACGUGGUUCAGGCGGCCCUACAUUCCCUUGCACAGCUCGCUGGCCUUGGCCUUCUGUCAAGGCCAAAAACUUGGGAACUUGUAGACCUUGUUGGACGGUUUACUAUGCACCCUAACAUAUGGAUUCGAGAAGCCGCCGCCGAGUUUUUAUCACAGUCUGCCAAAUUUCUCAACGUGGCAGAUGUGCGAUGUAUCCUCCUGCCACUUGUCGUGCCAUAUAUGAAGAUCGACACGAUGGCUGAUCUAGGUGAAUUGAGCAUAUUAGAUUCGCUCAAAAGACCCCUGACGAGGGCUGUGUUUGAACAAGCUAUCACGUGGGCGACACAGUCUGAACGAGGCGUUUUCUGGAAACCGCUGCAAAAGAUACAAUCCCGGGCGUUUGGAUCGUCAAGUGCUAGGCCAUUCAGCGAUUUGAGCGCAAAUUCCAUGACCAAGAUUGUGCGUAACGACGAAGAUGAACAGUGGCUUUCCAGAUUGAGAAAUUUGGGCCUCAAACCAGAUGAUGAACCGAAGUUAUUGGCACUACGAGAAUUUAUCUGGCGACUGAGCAGAAGUAAAUUACGCGAUUCUGCAGGAGAACCAAGCCUACAUACUGGACUUGUAUCCCUCAAGGAAUUAGGUAUUACUCCUCAAACCGUCUUUUUCAACGACACGCCUCUUCGCGAUUCGAGCAUUACCCCCGACCUUGACACGCCCGCUGGGCCAUAUACUAUUGCUGACGCACUAUUGGACGCGUCGAUGACCAUUGAUGAUACCCUAAGUAAGAGGAGAAAGGCUGUGCUGCAUACCCGUGUGAACCGUGUGCAGAGCGUGGGCCCUCGUCCAUCGUCAAAGAGGCGUUUUCUGUCACCAGAGGGAAGCACUCGAACUAGUUCACAACAUUCUCGCCGGGAGUCGUCUGACGGCAGACCAGGUGGCUCCAGGGAUGACGAUGUCUUCAUUAGGGAUGGGCCGUACGCAUCAAGAAGAGCAAUGCGCCACCAGUCCAGUGCAUUGAGCCUUCUGGAUAGAAGGGAUGGCAACAAGUCUGCUGCAGAAACUAGUACAAGCGACGCCAAUGCCUUUGGCGAGGUAGAGGGACCUUUUGCUCAGGGGAGUGCGUCAACCUCUCCUACACCAACUCGACAGCACGAAGGUGGCAAACUAGUUUUAAGCCAAGCCAGGCAUACCUACGAAGGGACAGAUCCCAACAUUCAACGAAUGCUGGACCAGAUGUAUAUCGACAACUUUCCCCGAGAUGUCUUGGAGUUUGGGCCCAUGGUCCAACCUAUUUCGAGAACCAAGGCAAGGGCUGUCGGCAUACAGACCGGAGAUGAUUACUGGAAACCAGAGGGUCAUCUAGUUGCCACGUUUGGGGAGCACAAGGGUCCAAUUAAUAGAAUUGUUGCAUCUCCCGACCACGUCUUCUUCAUUACUGGAGGCAACGACGGCUGUGUUCGAGUGUGGGAUGCAGCAAGAUUGGAGAGGAAUAUUACACACCGAUCUAGACAAACACAUAAACACGCCGAUGGUGCUCAUGUGCUAGCAAUGUGUUUUGUAGAAAACUCACAUUGCUUCGUCAGCUGUGCCAGCGACGGCAGCAUGCAUGUCGUCAAGGUUGACACAAUAUCUGCAAGUGGCGUUAUUCGAUAUGGCAAACUGCGAGUUGUACGAGAAUACCAACUACCCGAGGGAGAAUUUGCCGUCUGGUGCGAACACUUCAGACAGGAAUCGAACUCUGUCUUGGUUCUCGCCACAAACCGGUCUCGGAUUCUCGGAAUCGAUUUGCGGACCAUGUCGGUCUUGUAUGUUCUAGAGAACCCCGUCCACCAUGGGGCACCUACUUGCUUCUGCGUGGAUCGAAAACGCAAUUGGCUUUGUUUGGGUACGUCACAUGGUGUUGUCGACCUUUGGGACUUGCGGUUCAAGAUGAGGCUUCGUGGCUGGGGUGUACCGGGCAAAGGGUCGAUAUAUAGAAUUUGUAUUCACCCUACCAAGGGCCGUGGCAAAUGGGUAUGCAUCUCUGGGGGCACAUCACAAGGAGAGAUAACUGUGUGGGAUCUAGAAAAAACGCUCUGCAGGGAGAUAUACCGAACAAGCGGAACCAAGGAUGGUCCCAAGGGCUACAGCGCUUGGGACGUUGACGAAGACAAGCCAGAAGGAAUGCUGGACCGGUUUGCAACGAACCUGGAGAAUAGCGAAGCAGCGAGUGCUGAUCGGGGCGUACGAGCCAUGAUAGCCGGCACAGGAGCCGCCGAGGACUCUCGGGAUAUCCGCCAUGCAUUCCUGCUCACGGGUGGAUCAGACAAAAAGCUUCGAUUCUGGGACAUCUCUCGCAUCGAAAACUCCUGCAUAUACAGCGGCCACCCAUCCGAUGAGCAACAACCUACGUUUAUUGCAACACACCCAGCCACUGCUGUCACAUUGAAUAUAGAAAAAGCACAUAGACAUGGGGCCUCGGGAAAUACGACGGCUGCAGGAGAGAGGCCAAGGGGCAAGAGCUCGAGCAAAAGGCCAGCGAGGUCGACGGUAAUAUCUAUGCAGCAGCAGCAGCUUUUGCAGUCUCAUCUGGAUGCCAUUUUGGAUGUAAUGCUGUUGGAGUAUCCUUACACGAUGAGUGUGAGUGUGGAUCGGUCGGGCGUGGUGUUUGUGUUCCAAUAG